AUGCUACAGAUGCUGUCCAGCUCAGCCGUUUAUUUCUACAGCUAUCUCGUGUCGUCUGCACUCAACAUUCUGGCAUUAUUUGUUUUCGGCUUUUGGCUAGCGAAUGCUUUUUACGGGUUUCUCGUCUCUUUGAAUCUCAUUCUGACAACUCUGGGCCAAGGGCUAAUUCUGGUGUUUUUCCUAAGGAAACGAACUUCAAAGGCUCAGCACACAAAAGCCGCUCUCUCCAACAAUUCGGAGACAAGUUUCACCAUCCAGUCGACAGCAUUAACGACUCAAAAAACGAGGAGCCGAGCCACAAAUUCCACAAUCACUACACGACGAUAC